GCUUACACAUUCGUUUGACUGUAUUGAUAGACAAUGCAGUGUUGUUAAGAAGUACGUUUCUCUGCUGUGAUAAACGCUGUGGAAGGACAUUGACAUUUGGCAAGUGACAACAAAUGAUCAGCUGAUUGAGAGACUUAUUCUGGUCCAAGCAUGCUUUGUGAAGGCAGAUUGUUGAGCAUGGCGUUCUGUGAAUUGGAUGACUUUGAUGCGCUCCCUUCACAGAAGGUUCUCCACAGUGCUUAUGGACUGCCGAGAGCAGCCACUACCCUCAUGCCAGGCUCUGCCAGACACGCUCCACUCAUUCAUCACAGUUCCCCUGGGCGGACAGGUAGUAUGGACGACAGCAGUGCUUCAGUGGAGAUGUUCAUUUCUCCCCUGAAGUCCUUGGAUCUCCAGAGGGCCCAUCCAGGCAGACAGAUCUCUCCAGAGAUAGAGAUCCCAGCUCAGGCUCAUUCUGAUGGUGAGGCCCCUUUCUUGGUUCCCUCUUCCUGUCAGAGCAUCUGCCAGAACUACAGUGACCUCCAUAUUGGAGGUGACCAGGUGCUGCCUCUCUCAGCUAAUGACGGUGAGCUGAGGCUCUGUCCUGACACCCAGCUUGCUGGGCCCUUCCUCCAGUCCUGUGAUGUUGCCCCAGCUGUCAGCUGUGAGUCUCCCCCAGAACAGACAUCUCAGGGAGGGCUUCUGCAUCCACUGAGGGGAGGCUCAAAUCGUUGGAGACAGGGGAGUACCCGUGAUCGGAGCUUUUUGUUUCAGGGACGAGAAGAGCCAUUCUCAAACUCCCUCUUAAAUCACUACCUGGAGCAGAAACUCAUGGAUCUAUAUCAGCAAUAUAUGAUGGAAAACAUGGCAAGAGAGGGGGCCCCUGGACCUCAUCUAGACCCUAUCUGCCCUUUGCCUUACUCAGAACUGGUCCUGACCAGUCUGGACCAGAUCACUUUGCAGCUGAGUCGGGAAAGAAACCUGGAAGCCGGCCUGGCCAAGGACAUGGUCCUGAGUUGCCUGCUGCGUGUAGCUGGUGACAUGCAGUCAAGUGAGAUCAGCACCCCCUUUCUCCAGAUUUCAAAUGAAACAUCAAGGGAGCAGCUGACAGAGAAUAAAAAGUAGUGGCCCUAGUAGCAAGAAACUCAUUCAUUCUAUUCUCCCUUUCUUUGUUGACAACAAAAAAGAAGCUGAAACUGACAUUGCAUUUUCUUUUUUAUUAGCUGUUUAGAGGAUGUUCCAAGCAAGUUCUUUAUGUAAUAAAUAAUU